AUGCGGCUACUCAAUGCGGAGACACUUGAGAUCGAAUCGUUCACCGGAUCAGUAUCAAGGGAAACGCCUUACACCAUCUUGUCUCACACCUGGGAAAACGAUGAGGUCUCCUUCGAAGAUAUGAAGGAUUUAUCGCUCGCAAGAACGAAGGCUGGUUUUGCCAAAAUCGAGGCGGCAGCAGCGAUGAGCGUCGAUCACGGCGUCAAGUACAUCUGGAUCGACACAUGCUGUAUCGACAAGAGUUCCAGUGCCGAGCUAUCCGAGGCCAUAAAUUCGAUGUUUCGAUGGUACAAGGAUGCUUCAGUCUGCUUUGCAUUUCUCUCGGAUCUCAAGAUCGCAGAGCAAGGCAAGGACCUUGCCGGGUUCCGCGACUGCAGAUGGUGGACACGGGGAUGGACACUCCAGGAGCUGCUCGCCCCCGCCGAGGUGUUGUUUUUGGAUGAAGCAUGGACGCUUCGAGGGUCGAAGACAGAACUCGUGGACGCGAUUCAAUCCAUUACAGGCAUCGAAGCGUGGGUGCUGGUCUCAUCCGCGUCAUUGUCGACUGUACCUCUAGCAAAGCGCAUGUCUUGGGCAGCGAAUCGUCAGACUACUCGCGUAGAGGACAUGGCUUACAGCCUUUUGGGCAUUUUUGACGUCAACCUGCCGCUUAUCUACGGAGAAGACUCAAAAGCUUUCAUUCGUCUUCAAGAGGAAAUCCUGAGGACAACAACCGACCUGUCACUAUUUGCGUGGCAUGCAGGCCCGAACGCGACUUUUCGAGGCGUGCUUGCGCAAUCUCCUUACGAUUUUCGCAGCUGCAACGACAUCGUCACCAGUGAUGACCAAUUUCGCUUCCGUGAUGAGAUCGUCAGGACCAAUAAAGGCAUCAAGGUGAGAGUCCCGCUUCAAAAUACGUCUAGUGGAUUGUAUAUCAUGGACCUGCAUUGCUAUAAACAAAACGCGACUGGUUCAGAAGCACGACAGGGAAUACUGUUGAAGCGGGUGAUGGACGUCUACGUUCGUGCUUCAGCAAAUCAAACCGUCGAACGCGGUGGUCCGCCUACCGGAUAUGGUCAAGUGAUAUAUCUCUGCACUGAAACGGACGACAACGCACUAGCCUCGGGAAUGGCUGAUGACCGGGGACAACACAUCCAGUUGACGUUUCCUAAGAACAGCCCUCGCUAUAAGAUUGACGACGUACGGGCUGUUCCCGAAGUUUACUGGCAGGGGGACGGGCACUAUUUCUCCUAUGAGGGUCUACGACAUUUUCGGUGCUUUGUGCGUUUCCGAGUCACCUCCCGGACAUCGCCAACGGAGCUAGCCUACGGUGCCAUUAGUGAAAAGAGCUCACGAUUCAUAUUGUUUUGCGAGCUCGGUGGCUCUAAUAGUCUUCGCACGAGUCUGUACGCGGAGACUGGUUUGCAGUCUAGCCCGGCGCCAGCGGGAUUCAUCGAUCCCUUUCGGAAUAUCGAUCAGUACGGACCGCUGGGAGAUCCUUUCAGCCUUUCUGUGCUGAGUCCCGGGGGACGGGAGGACAAAAGCGUGCGGAUGAUCCAUGAGAAUCAACGACACAACUAUACGGUGUCUACCCAUCUUGUCGACGUUCAACAGAGUCCACCCUUUGAUGUGAGCAUACUCAUCACACCUUCUGAUGAGUACGGCACAGUGUUCGGAGCACAAUAUGCUCAACUACAGAACAUUUCCGAUCGUCCGACUGUCGCAGUGCCAUCCGCGCCAGCACUCGGCCCUGGUGGUGCCAACCGGCUUCUUCGGGCAGCGUACCUUCCCUUGGAUCAGUACGGUACCGAAGACCCAUGGCCUGAUCAGGGUGAUAUCGAAGACCCAUGCUGA